UUCUCUGGGCAACCUGGGCCAGGGGCUCCCCACUGAAUUGUGUCAGUGCCAGUGCAGCUGGAAACGAGGUGAGGAGGAGGAGGAGGAGGAGAAAUGGUUUUGCCUGAGAAGCAGUGAAAAUGUGGUGUGUGGUGAUAGUGCUGCAGAUGUGAGACACGAUGACAGCAGUGAAAUUAUGACACAUGGUGAGGGAAUUUGGAGACCAAAAUUUGGUCACUCUGUGCUCAAACGUUUCAAUAAUUAUUUUCAUUCUUCUUCUUACUUUAGAACCUUCUCCCCAUUUACCGGCUCCAGAGGAUGUGGAGAUUUAUUCCUAUAACUUCCAGAGUUUGCUGAGAUGGUCUCCUGUUCCAGUGGAGACAGGCUCAGUGUUAUACACAGUCCAGUAUAAAACAGGGGCCUUUCCUGUGUGGAAUGAGAUGAACUGUACCCGGAUCCCCCAGACCCAGUGUGGGUUCCCCGUGGAGGUUCAGAAGCGGCGCUGGACGAUCUUCCUGCGCGUGAGGGCUGAGCUGGGGCAGCUCUCCUCAAACUGGGUGCAGGCAGGGCCCUUCGUGGCUGAGAGGGACACCACUCUGGGCCCCCCCAGGGUGAACACAGUGAGUGCCAGCUCUGACUCGCUGCUCCUCAGUGUCACCCCCCCUUUCACGCCUGAAUCCGGGGACAGUUUCCAGUAUCGUGUGUUCUACUGGGAGAACACAACAAGGACCACGAGAAAGGAACAAGAGACACACAAUACACUAUUCCAAAUUGCAAAACUAAAGGAAUCAACACUUUAUUGCUUUAGCCUUCGAGUAGAAUUCCAGGGAGUCUAUGGUGAACUGUUGGGACAGCAAAGUGCCCCAGAGUGUCACAGAACUGCCAUCAGUGAGGCAACCAGAGCUGGAUACAUCACCCUGCUGUGUCUCUCGGGGUUAGUCCUUAUCAAUCUGGCUACAGCUGGUUUGCUGCUCCUGUGGAAGCACCACAAGAAAAUCAAACAGUCCUUUCAGCCACCUUUGAAAAUCCCCUCACACUUCGAAGAGGUACGUGCAGAGGUUUUGUGUUUCUCCUGCAAAAGAGGGAAGAGGAACCAGGGCAGUUGUUGCCCAACAGGAAUAAACCACUGUUGUCUCAGGGUGACUUGUCUGAUGCUGAUCUCCCACCUCAUUCCUCUGUUGCUGAGCUGGAUGAUAUUUUACUGUGUGCUGAGACACAAACUCUGCUGGGCUUUCCUGUAAAACCCCGAGGAUGACUCUGACCCAGGUUCCUGUUCCCCUUUUUUGGCUUGUCUCGGCCCUCAGGCCCCAAACUGGGGCUCUCUUGGAGCUUUUCCUCUGUUUCCUGUAGUGGGGGGUUGACCUUGGCU